UGUCUUACAUGCGCUUCUUGAUGCACACACGCGCACACACACACGCAAGGUCUCUCGCUCUCUCCCUCUUUGCCGUGCGCGCUACACGGUUUGGAGCACAGUCUAACCGCUCUUGCUCGCUCGCUCUUGAUUCCGGGAGAUUUUAACUAAUUUGCGGGCAUCAGGGAGCCGCUAUCAAUACGCGGGAGACUCCCGGAACUUCCGGGACUCUUGGGACGUCUGCUUAGGGCUUAGGUAAAGUUGGUUUUAUAUUCGCACAUUCGCGGACUUCCGCGUUCAAUAACUCGUGAACUAAACGUUGUUGCUACACACAACACCUAUCACAUAUAACUACAGAUAAAACACCAGAAGCUACAACAUAAAUUUCCUCAAAACGAUCUUUCCUUCGCACUGGACAAAAUACAUUGAUCUCUAUGCGCAGGCUGCUAAGAAGGGACCAUCUGCAAAGUGCAAACCCGAAGAAAAGCUCGUUUUGAGGAGAUUAAAAUAGAAAAACAAUAUGAACUUUUUAGACAGUCCCUAUCUUGGUUACCACACACAUUGAAUAUUCAUCUCUAAAGUACAUGCUUAAAAAUAUACUUGCCCAUUUUGAUCGAUUGUAAAAAAUGUUGUAGUUCACAACCUUUGUUGUCAAUAUCAUGUAGCUGCUUCGAAUCUGAAAAAAAAAAAAAAAUAGCUUUAUUGACUAUUUAAUUGAAAAAGUUCUUUAACGCGAAUGUGCGAAUAUAAAACCAACUUUACCUAAGUCUGCUUAGGUAGGAUAAACAGCCUCUGGUCUUCAAAAUUGUGCGUUAUCAUUGAAUAUCAAAAUGGCCAUUAAAUUAUUUUAAAUUAAAUUAUUAAUUUAUUCUUUUUGCUUGUAUGUUUUAAUUGAUAAAGAACAUAGGCUAUGUGGCUGGAGUCUUUGUGUUCCCUCAUCUUUUUUUGAGUGUCCUGAUCCAAGAUUUUAGAGAGAGUUUCUCUGUUAUUUUCUCUUUUAUUCCUUGAGGCUGGCCAUCCUGUCUGACCUGCAUACAAACACGCCCACUGGUGUUCUGAAACUCAAACCUUUGAACAACACUUACCAGGAAGUGACGUCUCUCUUUAUUGUCGUAUUGACUCUUCUCUCAUGUUUGUCUAAUGUAGUACCCAUAAAGUCAUCAGUGAUGAAUGUAGAAAGAAGGGAAACUCUUUCAACAAGGCUUUUUGGGAAGUUAGUUUCAGAGUAGACAGCAGAUCUUUGGUGAUUCUGAUAGUUAUUCGUUCUUGAAAGCAACAAUCAGAAAGUGAAAGUAAAGUUCAGAUCGUCUUUUACAAACAGUAAAAAUGGCUUCUCUAUCUGUGGAAGAUCUCUCUUGUCCCGUGUGUUGUGAUAUCUACAAGGAUCCUGUUUUACUUUCGUGUAGUCACAGUUUGUGUAAAGAGUGUCUUCAACAGUUCUGGAAAACCAAGAGGACUCAGGAGUGUCCCAUCUGCAGGAUAUCUUCAAAAUAUGAACCUCCUUGUAAUCUGGCAUUGAGGAAUUUAUGUGACUUGUUUGUGAAGGAGAGAAAGGAUUUUUGCGUUUUACACAGAGAGAAACUCAAACUCUUCUGUCUGGAUGAUAAACAGCCGGUGUGUUUAGUGUGCAGAGAUUCAGAGAAACACACCAAUCAUAAAUUCAAACCCAUCUGUGAAGUUCUUCCUUCUUACAAGGAGAAACUCAAUACAACACUGAAGUCUUUACAAGAGAAACUCAAACACACUGAAAUCAUUAAAGAAAAGUUUGAUAAAGCAGUUGAACACAUCAAGACUCAAGUUGAGCACACAGAGCAUCAGAUUAAAGAGCAGUUUAAGAAGCUUCAUGAGUUUCUCCGAGAUGAAGAAGAAGCUACAAUCACUUCACUGAGAGAGGAAGAGGAGCAGAAGAGUCAGAUGAUGAAGAAGAAGCUUGAGGAGAUGAACACACACAUCUCAGCUCUUUCACACACAAUGAAACACAUGGAGGAAAUGAUGAAAUCCAAUGACGAUGUGUCAUUUCUAAAGAACUUUAAUGUGACAAUGGAAAGAGCCCAGAUCUCACAGCCGGAUUCACAGAUGACUUCUGGAGCUCUCAUUCAUGUGCCACAUUACUUGGACAACCUGACAUUCAGAGUCUGGAAGAAGAUGCAAGACAUUGUCCACAAGACUCCUGUGAUUCUGGAUCCAAACACUGCAAAUCCACGUCUGAUCCUGUCUGAUGAUCUGACCAGUGUGAGAUACAGCGAGAACAUUCAACCGUUUCCUGGGAAUCCAGAGAGAUUUGACGGUUAUCCGUGUGUUCUGGGUUCAGAGGGUUUUAAUUCAGGAACACACUGUUGGGAUGUGGAUGUUAAAGACAAUGAAGACUGGAUUAUUGGAGUAACUACAGCAUCAAACCAGAGGAAGGGAAGAGAUUUCUUCAACACUGAUGUCUGGAGUGUGUGGUAUGAAGAGGAUUAUUUUUUCUCACAACCCCUUGGAACAUCCUCCACUGUGUUUCAUGUCACACAGAAACUUGAGCGUUUGAGAGUUCAUCUGGAUUAUGACGGAGGAAACGUGUCAUUCUCUGAUCCUGUAACUAACACACAUCUACACACAUUCACACACACAUUUACACACACACUCUUGCCAUUCUUCUAUAAUAAUGAUAUAAUAUUCCCUCUGAGGAUUUUACCUGUUAAAUUGUAACAACAGAAAAUCACAGUAAUAUGUAAUUCUGCUUUUGGAUAUAAUCAAAUGGAUAUAGUAACUCAUGCUAUCUAAUGUUUUUAAUUUCUUUCAGAUAUUUCAUGUUAAAUAUUUAAACCAUAAUUCAACAUAGACUACACAACUCACAUUUCAACAAAUACGAUUGUGUGAUAGCAUCAAACAAGAUUUCUUAACCAGCCAUUUAAAAGUUCAUAGCAAUUAGUUUAAUUUGAUCAUAUAUUUGAUGUUUGCUCAACUUCAUCUUCACCAGUUAACUCUCAUAUGAACUCACUCUCUGAUAACUUUCUGCAGACGUUUAGUCUCCAUGUUUUCAGUCAUUACAUGAGCAAAACAAAAUUUUGUUAACAAGAAUGUGUCUAUUUUAAUUGUGCAUAUUAUGGGAUAUCAGCGAUGUGGAGUGGUGUUGGUGUAGUGGUCUAAAGCACAUAACUGGUAAUCAGAAGGUUGCUGGUUUGAUCCCCACAGUCACCACCAUUGUGUCCUUGAGUAAGGCACUUAACUCCAGGUUGCUCCGGGGGGAUUGUCCCUGUAAUAAUUUCACUGUAAGUCGCUUUGGAUAAAAGCGUCUGCCAAAUGCAUAAAUGUAAAUGUAAUGAUGUCACAGCAAAUAAAUAUAAUGAAUGAAUGAUACAGCACGCAGAAACAAACAAAUAUUAGUAGUUCUAUCGCAGAAAUGCCAGUUGUUCCGAAGCUUUUCUUUUGAUAUUUUCCUAUGAUCAUUCAGUUCUAAUGUUACAUUAAUUUAAAGUGCUGAACAGCAAACAUUCAAUGCUUGUCUAUUUCCCUUUACUGAAUGUUUUUAAUUUUUUCCUAAUGUACAAGUUUGUUUGUUUUUUGUUCCUGAUAUCUGAAUACUGUAUAUUGUGGAUAGUUCAGAUAACUCUACUGAUGUGUCUGUUAAAUUCACUUGAUAAAGUGAUAAGUGUAUAAUGACAUAAAGAUUAGAAUAUACACAAUAGGUUAUGAAAAACUGUUGACUUUCCUGGAGUAACGGAGACAACAAUCUUAGGACAACCGUGUCAAUCUGAUCCACAAAAGGUGAAUUUUUUACAAUUAAAUGCACCAAAAGCUCAUAAUUCAUUGAUUAAAAACAGGUUAACAGUGUUUGUGUUUGAAACAUACAUUUUCUGCUCUAAUCCUACAUAAAUGUACUUUGUGCCUUAAUAGAACAACUCUAAGCUGAUUGAUUUACAGAGAGCUGCAUAUAUAUAUAAAACCCUUGCUGAAGGAUAUCCUGUAUAUUACUGCUGCUGAUCCAGGUCCAACAGUUAUUUUAUUGCUUUAUUUAAACCUGGUUUUACUGAACAUAAAUGUUUAUUAGCUGUCAUAAAAAGCAGCAGUUUCUCAAUAUCACAAAUGUGAACUUUUGACCCCAUGCUGAUACUGUCAAUAGGAUAACAUGAACAAUAUAGAUGACUUGGUUUAUGACAAUCAUUUCCAAUUGUCCCUCCAAGAUUUUUCAAGGAACAACCAACAAACUCAGUACAGACCUUCAUACUGUUCAGACACAGGUUUCUAUGACUUGUCAAACUGAUCAUACUUGCGGUUUAUCUGCUGAUAAACACUAAUAAAACUAUUUUAAACUGUCAAUUCAGGAUUGUUCCAUGCCAACACCAAACUUCCCCUAUCCAAUUCAUGUCCUGCACUAAUGGUAUAACAUGCAUAGCUACAAUGAACCUCUCUGAAACGUUCUACGAAUGCUAGUUUAUGAUUAGUUCAUUAUUCAAAUAACUUUUAGAGAAUGUUAUGUUUAAG